UGCAGGUGAGCACGUGACAGCCGUCCGCCGACCGUCCGAGUGUCCGUCCCGGAAGACUCGGCGGAAGCGGCGCCGACGCUAGGUCACCGCCGCCUGCCAGCCGGAGGCGGUGCUCGCCCGCUCGCCAGGUCACCGCCGGUCCGCCGGCUGCCAGCCAGCGGCGGCGCUCGUUUGCUGGUAUCCGGCCCGUCGCCUGCUGGCCGUGUGCGAGACUGGAAGCGAGCGGCCGCGGCAUGUGUGACGUUCACCCGCCGCUGACCGGCGUGUCGCUGGUGGGGCCGACCCCCGUCAUGCCCCAGGUGCCGGCCGCCUCUGAUCUGCCACCCGGAUUCAUGACCCUCUCAGAAGAGGAGCACAGCGCCAUGGUGCGCCGGCAGCCCAUCGAAAAAUACUACGAGAUAUACCCGACGCCAAUAUCCACGGGUCAGUGGGCCAGUGUGUACAAGUGCCGGCGGCUGGGCACCGAGCUGGAGUUUGCCGCCAAGUUCUGCAGCAAGAGCCGGCUGGGUCUGGACGCCCGCCGGGAGAUCGUGCACGAGAUGGCGGCCAUGCUGCGCUGCCGCCGCUGUCCACGCGUCGUCCAGCUGCACGAGCUGUUCGAGACUGAACAGCAGUAUAUACUCGUCAUGGAACUAGGCAGCGGUGGGGACCUGCAGGGGAUUCUGGACAACAACCAGGUGCCGUACGAGGCUGACGUGGUCCGCUUCAUGAGGAGCCUGCUGGAGGGGCUGGCGUUCCUCCACGAGAGGAGCAUCGCCCACCUGGACAUCAAGCCCCAGAACCUGGUUCUGACCGGGGCAUUCCCGGACUGCGAUAUCAAGCUGUGCGACCUCGAGAUAUCGCGGGUCAUCUCCCCGGCUCAAGACAUACGCGAGAUGCUCGGGACCCCGGACUACGUCUGUAAGUUGGCGCUUCAUUCGCAAGCCCCUUUAUUGAGGUGUGCCUAAUGACUGGUGCAAUGA